AUGUCCAUCCACAUUGGUAGUUCAUACUUCUCACCAGAAGAAGAAGACGCGGGAAGUUGUCAGCUGUUCGUCGAAAGCCUAACCGGCGAAGCAUUGAACUGGUUUUCAAGGCUGAAGGACAAUUCAAUUGAUGGUUAUGAGGCACUGACAACCGCAUUCCUUCAGCAUCACCAAUGCUUCAUGCAUGUACCUGCGUCGAAUGCAGACUUAUGGAGAAUGUACCAGAAGCACAACGAGUCACUGCAAACUUUCAUGGCCAGGUUUAAAGGAGUCGUAUCUCAACUCGCUAUCAGCGACGACACUGCAAUAGGUGCACUUAAGAAUGCACUUGCUCACGGAACCAAGUUCAAGGAAGAUCUAACAAUCCAACCCGCCACAUCCUUGGGCGAGCUCCUUGCACGCGCAAAUCAAUACAUCGAGGUAGAAGAAGACAAGGGAAAAGGAAACACGAACCAGGUCGACGCGGUGGAAAAAGCACCCGAAAAAGUCCUGAGCCCGAAAAACAAAGUUGUGGAAGCGUACUAUGAGCCUCGCCAACAUUACAACAGAAACUACGCCAAAGGCAAGAGGGCAAGGAAGGCAACGAUGUUCGCUAUCGAUGGGAACGAGCAGCAGCAAGGCAAGCGUUGGAACAAGUACGAUCGCGAGACUGAUGGUCCUACCUACAAGGGCAAACGCGGUUAUUGCAAAUUCCACAAAUUUGGCGGACAUUCUACGGAGGAUUGCAAAACACUUCAAUACCUUCUUCUUCACAAGUACAAGAGAGGUGACAUCGAUGUAGAGCGAGAACGGAGAAAGGUUAACACGCAUAAGGAUAACCCGUACUGUUUGGCAGACCAGCAACAGCACGAAAGGCAGCAUGAACAGGAAGCAGCAGCACAAAAUGACCGAGCACGGGCACAAAAUGAUCAAGCACGAGAAAUCGCUCGUCUGCCUCCUCCGCCGAAACAAAACCACGACGCGGAAGAACACGAUGAACCGGCUCCUCGCCGAAGGAUCAACAUGAUCAUGGGCUGCUUGUCAACAUGUCGCGACUUGGUUCGUUCAAUCCAAGCUUAUUGCCGCGAAGCAGAAACAAAACGCAGCUGGCCCUGCCAUAGCAGCGUGUUCAAAACUUCCUCCGAUCCUAUCAUGUUUACUGAAGAGGACGCACUCCACGCAAGUCCAAACAACGACCCGCUCGUCGUAGAUAUGGUGAAUGGAGAAAGCUUAGUGACAGGAAUCCUUAUUGACAUUGGGAGCUCGGUCAAUGUGAUAUUCAAGGACGUUCUGAUCCAGAUGGAGAUUGAACUUCGCAGCACGACUCAUGAAACGCAACUUUUGACGGGAUUCGAUGGCGACACUAUAAUGACGGUUGGAACCAUAACACUCCAAAUUUAG